AUGGGAAACUGUGCCACCAAGCCAAAGGUUCUCAAAGAUUCCGACGAGGAUCUGAUUCCGGUUGAGCGAGAGACGACGGCUCCGACUGAUCAUAACAAGGUUCCGGCAGUAAAGAGCGACAAUAAUGCUCCGAACGCGGCGGAUGAAGCAGAGGCUGCGGAGGCGGCAAGACGGAGCGAGAAAGGAAAAGAGAUUCUGAUUGAAGAUGACGUUGAGGAACACAGCAAACGUCAAUCUCUCAGUCUCUUGUUUCAUGAGGACAAGCCAAUAGAAAAAGAAGUAAUCAAUUUAUCUCCGAAAAAACCAGAAACCAAUAUCAAAACCAGCGCUUCUUCAGAUGCUUCGAAGCUUGAUACUUCAGCUCUUAUGGCUUCUAAUGUCAAAGCUCCAGAAACAUUUGACGUUCAGACUCGAACUGACUUGGAAGUCAAGAUUCCAAAUGAUUUUGAGGCUAAGACUCCUGAAACGCCUAACGCUAUAGAAGCUCAAGAACAGGAAUUUAAUUUUUCAGAGAAUUGGGAGGUUAAGUUUCCAGAGGAAUUAGAAGCUAAGAAACCAUCGGAAAUUGUCAAAGUUGCAGAAGACUCGAAACUUCCACAAGUUUCUAAGGUUUCUGCUCCUCAAUCUUCUGAAAUUACUAAGGUUACAAAAGAGCCAGAUCUUCCUGAGAUAUCGGAGGAAAAGAAUGUUCCACAAGUUUCUGAGGUUCUUGCUCCUCCUUUGUUGUCUGAAAUUAAGGUUACAAAAGAGUCAGAUGUUCCCAAGGUCUUGGAGGAUAAGAAUGCUCCAGAGAUUUUUGAGGCUGUUGCUCCUGAACUGUCUGAAAUUAAAAUUACAAAAGAGUCGCAUGUUCCUGAGGUCUUGGAGGAUAAGAAUGUUUCAGAAGUUUCCAAAGUCAAGACUGAUGAAGUGAAAGCUGCAGAGUCAGAACUUCUAAAGGUUUCUGAGGUUAAGUCUUCAGAGGAUUUAGAGAUUAAAGUUCCAAGUGUUUUAACAGUCAAAACUCCUGAAGCAUCGAAUGUUAAGGUUGAACCAAAGACUAAGACUGAUCAAGAAGCAUCGAAAGUUAAGAUUGCAGAAGAAACAGAGGUUCAAGAGUUCGUGGACGCUCAAGAGAAGAUUGAUAAAUCUGAAGCUCAGAUUCUUGAGGACAUUAAAGUGGCAGAAGAAAAAUCAAUUCUGAUGCCUAAAACAGAAGAAGGAGAAAAAGAUUUGUCUUCUGGGAAGCAAGUCAAAGAGUCUACUACACUAUCAGAUUUAAAGAACAAAUGA